AUGGCAGUUCUUCUUAUGCUGGUCCAACUUGUCCUGGCGAUAGCUGCCUCUGUAGCUGCACUCCGCGACAUCACAUUGAAACUCGAACACGCCACUAUGCUUCUUGGCGUGACGUGCCAUGUCAGCUUGUCGUGUGAAGGUUUUGUCGCAUCCAGUACAAGCCCAGCGAGGACGACCAUUGGGUCCGACAACCGGGCCGGGAGUGGAAGGCGGGAGGGUGCUGCUCAUGGUAGGUGUCGUAUCGGAGGACUGAGCACCAAAGCCAGCGUUGGAUGUGCCAAACUUGUCACUGCCAUCGACCAGCCCGAUGACGGUGGCGUUGUUGGACGGGUAGAAACUGGCGUUGAUGUUACCAGUAGGAUAGGCGCCAUCACCAAAUUGAAGAGGAACAGCAGCACGGGCGCUCUGAACGGAGGCGCCAGGGGCAGUGACAUUGCCGACAGCGUGACCAAGGUAGUCGUUGCCAUUGUGCCCGAGGUUACUGGGAGCGUAGAUACCGCCAUUGAUGUUGUUGGCAUAUGGAAUAACCGUAGCAUUCUGAAGGGCACGACUGCUGAAGCUAGGAGCAGCAAUGUUGUCGUAUGGAGAGAAGCCUGCUUCGACAUUGUAUCCGACGUUACUGGGAGCGUAGAUAUCGCUAUUGAUGUUGUUGGCAUAUGGAAUAACCGUAGCAUUCUGAAGGGCACGACUGCUGAAGCUAGGAGCAGCAAUGUUGUCGUAUGA